CCUUGCUCUAUUAAAACGGUUUUUAUUUAACUUUGAAAAGAAAAAGAAAAAAUAAAAUUGUCACUGGACACGACACGACUCGACAGUGAUCUUUCGACGUCGUCGAAUAAGUGAUAUGCUGUUUUGUUGAUCUGCAAUAAAAUAUGGUGUUUGAGAAGCCAGUGGUCAUCAUAGACAAUGGUAGCAAUAUGCUCAAAGCUGGGUUUGCUUGCGACAACCAUCCCGUGUCCAUGUUCCGGACUGUGGUUGGCAGGCCUAACUAUCUGAAGGGGAGCUACGGCCGUAAGCCUUAUGAAGUGUACAUCGGUGACGAUGCUAUUGAUAGGAUCGAAGAUUACGAGCUGAGCAAUCCCGUGGUGAACGGCCGUAUCGCCCACUGGGACAACAUGGAACGGGUGUGGCACCACGUCCUCUACCGCGAGCUGAAAGUGGCGCCGGAGGAUAGGGGCGUCAUCCUUAGCAGCAACGUUAACACUACUAUGCAAGAAAAAAUCCAUUGCUGUGAAGUGUUCUUUGAGACUCUGAACACUCCAGCUUUGUGCAUCCAGCCCCAGCCGGUGAUGUCCCUGUAUGCUUCAGGUUUCACUACUGGGAUGUGUGUGGACCUGGGCCAUGAUACCGUCGACAUCAGCCCCGUCUAUGAAGGAGGCGUCAUCAAGUACGCUCACAUGAUGACUAAUUAUGCAGGCAUUCAAGUGAUCAACUACAUCAAUGAUUCUCUUCGAGACAGGGGCCACGACUUUGGAAUACACACUUUAGAGAUUUUAGGAAAUAUUCAAAAGCAGAUAUAUAUAACAUCAGAUUGUGCUAUGUCCAGAAGGAAUUACAAAAGAGAGCAUAUCCUGCCCGACGGACAAGCAGUGGACAUAAGUCAAGAGGUCUUCAUGGCUGGCGAAAUGUUUUACCAGCCGACUCUUGUGAUGGGUGAGGACAAAGGCAUUCUUUCUUUGCACGAUGCAGUAAUAACAGCGGCUAUGAAGUGUGAUGCUGAUUUGAGAACUGAACUGUUUGAUGCUAUAGUUCCAUGCGGUGGAAUGUCCAUGAUUCCUGGAUUACCAGGAAGGUUGGGUAUUGAGAUAGAAGAGAGUAUUCACAGGCCAGUGAACAUCUUAACUUCAGGUGAAGCAUAUGCUCUGGCUUGGCUUGGAGGAGCAGUGUUCGCGGGGUUGCCGGACUCCGGGAAGAUUUGGAUAUUCAAAAAACAGUUUGAGGACCACGGAGCGAAGAUUGUAAGGAACAAGUUUAUGUGAAUUCAUUAGUAAUGUUGGUGUUAUUAUGUUUAAAUAUUAUAUAGUUAAU